AUGAAGUGGUUCAACAUUACGAAAAGAUACAAAUCUAGUAGAAAUACAAGCCGAAGUUUAUCUGAAUUAGACGCAAAAACCAAACAGUGCAAUCCAAUUGCCAUUGUCGGAAUGAGUUGUCGUUUUCCAGGUAGUGCAAACUCGAAAGAUGCAUUUUGGGAUAUGUUGGUGGAAGGGCGAUGUAGUAUUGGCUCUUAUCCAAUGAACAGGCCAGACGCAAGGGAGUUCACAGAUUCGUUUAACCCAGGGAAGCACACACCAGGGAAGCAUUACGUCCUUACCGGCGCAUUUCUUGAAAAUAUUACAGGAUUUGAUGCUCAAUUUUUUGGAAUAUCUCCAAGCGAAAGCCGUUCAAUGGAUCCCCAACAGCGAAUACUUCUUCAAGUUGUCUUUGAAGCGAUUGAAGACGCUGGCAUACCCCUUGAGGACUUACAACAAUGUCGAACUGGCGUUUAUGUUGGAUCUAUGUGCACGGAAUAUAGUGCACUGGUUUUUGAUCAUUCGAAUAUUAGAAAGAUUGAUCAGUUCUCGUCAACUGGCUGCUCUAUGUCAGUUAUAGCCAAUCGCAUUUCUUUUUCGCUAAACCUAACUGGCCCUAGCAUCGCUUUGGAUACUGCUUGUUCCUCGUCUUUGGUUGCUUUGGACAUUGCAUUUCAACACUUACAAACUGGCGAGUGUGACGCAGCUAUAGUUUGUGCCCCUAAUAUAAUUCUCAUUGGAAACCAAUUUCACACGGCAUGCUGCAGAACUGGGCUGUUAGCCGAAGAUGGUCGUUGCAAAUGUUUUGAUAUCAAAGGUGACGGCUAUGGGCGAGGAGAAGGUGUAGCUGCAAUCUUAAUAAAACCUACCCAAACAGCCUUAGAUGAUAGAGAUAAUAUCUAUGCAGAGGUCUUGGCUUGCGGAACAAAUAAUGAUGGCCAAACAGCGAUUCCAAUGACAGCACCUAGUCAGGUAACACAAGCCGCUCUUUUUAAGAGAGUUCUUCAAGAGUCAGGUCUGACCAAGGACGAUAUAACAUACGUGGAAGCACAUGGCACCGGUACAGCCGUUGGAGAUGUCGUCGAAAUGGGAUCACUAUCAGCAGUCUAUGGCAAUAGUGGCAAAAGAUUACUUCGUGUAGGAUCAGUGAAAUCAAACGUAAACCAUACGGAGUCAACAGCAGGUUUAGCUGGACUAAUCAAGACAUGUCUGAUGAUAAAACAUGCCCAAUUUGUUCCUACUAUUAAUGUUCAACAAGUUAAACCACAGCUCAUGAUGCCUGAAAGAAAAAUGGUGGUUCAAGUUUCCAAUGAAACUUGGAAAACCGAGGAUGAUAAGCCGAGAACCGCCGCGGUAUCUUCGUAUGGAUUCGGCGGCGCAAAUGCCCAUGCAAUCAUUAGGGAAGUAACUACAAAGCCAACAACUAUAAUCCCAAGCAGAAAUUCAUCCAACAGAGUUCUAACAUUGUCGGCAGCGUCGAAAGAAGCAUUGAGAGCAAUGGCUAAAAAGGUGUCCUUAUCGCUAAAGAUAAAGCCUGAUGACGACGAACUUCUUAAAGAUAAUAUUUGUUAUUCCCUCAACGAAAGGUACACAAUGCAACUUUAUCGCUUGGCGGUUAGCUUUUAUUCAUUUCAAGAUGCAGCUAAGGCAUUAGAUAUGUUCUCUGAUCAGGAAAACGGAUGGGAAAGAUUGGUGGCUACAGGGGCCGUCACUAAGCCGCGUCGUGAAGUCGUAUUCCUCUAUGGUGGUCAAGGUGCACAGUGGUAUGGUAUGGCAAGAGAAAUGCUAGUUCAUGAGUCAAAGUUCAAGGAAAGCAUUGAAAAAAUUGACGCACUCCUUAAACAAUACCAAGCCCCCUGGUCCUUGAUUUCUGAGCUCAAGAAACCCGCAGAAACGUCGCGAAUUCAUGAAAAUCCAAUCGGACAGACGGCUCUGUUUGCCAUACAUUUUGCUUUAACCGAGCUACUAAAAUCAUGGGGUGUUUUACCGUCCGCGGUUAUUGGUCAUAGUCUUGGAGAAAUAUCUGCAGCCUGGGCAUCUGGAGCAUUAAAUUUGAAUAAAGCUUUGCAGUUGGUUUUGUUUCGCUCUCAACUUCACGAGAAAUGUUCACCAACAGGAUGUAUGGCUGCCAUUGGGAUGACAGAAAAGGAAGCUCGACAUAUGCUGCAAGAUCUUCAACUGACAAAUGAGGUCGACGUUGCCGCCGUGAAUAGCCCAGGUAAUGUUGUGUUAUCUGGUAGCAAAAGGUCAAUGGAGCUGGUGGAAAACCAUGUGUCCAGUGAAAGAAGCAAUCUUUUUUGGAAGAAACUUACUACGACUCGAGCAUACCAUAGUAGAGAAAUGGAUGAAAUAAAGCAAGCAUUCCUUAAUCUCACAAAGGAUUUCAAAGUUUGUGAAACUUCAAGCAAUGUGCCAUUUUAUUCAACUGUUACCGGCACUAAGUUGCCCGGUAAUCUCUUAUCACUUGACCAUUGGUGGCGUAACAUCCGACAAGCGGUUUUACUGGAGCCCGUAUUAAAAAAGAUGUUUUCGGAUGGUCACCGGUUCUUUAUUGAAAUAAACGCAGUACCUCAGCUUUCAUACCAUGUUCGUCAGACUUGGUCUCACAAUCAUCCGUCAGAUUCUCUACGUUCAAACGACGUCGUUGUGGUUCAAACUCUACCAAAACAAUCAGUGAAAAGCCAGCACUUAUCAUUUCUUCAAAACUGCGUGGCUCGCCUCUUCGCAAAUGGUGUUCCCUUAUCUUGGAACAAAGUGCAAGGCUCGGGAUCGAAAACAUUUUUCCCCCGUCCAACAUAUCCUUGGCAAGAAACAAAGUAUUGGUACCGCGAAUCGCAUCCACCAGAAUGUGUUACAUUUUACGAUGAGCACAAGACUAAUGAAGAAAAUAAGAAAACCACCAAAUUCCAUCCCCUUCUUGGUAAAGUAGUCCCGACGGAAACGUUCAGUGGUUUGCUGGCUUGGGAAUCUGAAAUCAAUUUGCACGAUGUUUCGUAUCUCCAGGAUCAUAAAUUUUCUCAAUCUUCAAACCCCUUGAUACCUGCCGCUGUUUAUAUAGAGAUUGUAUUUGCUAUGUCCUUGCACUUGUCUCCACGGGCAGCGCCUGAUGUUCGAAACAUCAGUUUCGAUAGUCUACUGUCCAUAUCCGAGAAUGACUCGCACAAGAUAAGAACACGUCUUCUACCUGAAAAAUCCCUUGGUGGAAAUAAAUCAUUUCAGAUCUCUGCAGUGGAAAGCGACGAGCGAGAAUUAACUGUCUCUCAGGGUUCCAUUCAGAUUGGUAUUGAUGAUGGAUAUAGAUCGAAAGGUAAACCGAAUACAUUUCUAGCAAAUAUUUUGAACGGCGUACGCAAAUGA